CAUGUGCUGCAGCAUGAACCUGAGAAGGCCGGAUCGCCGUGAAAAAGUGGUGCCUGAGAAAGUCAAAUUCAGGAGGAUGUUCGUCGUGGUUGGAUCAACACUGGCUCUUCUCGCUAGUUUUUUCGCUUACAGUAAGUCGAGGUAUCACUGGUCGGUUAUGGCGAGGAAAAUUGCGCUCGAGGUGAAGUACCAGCUCAUGGGGAUGAGGGAGACUAUUCUUGAUCUUGCUCAGGCUAGGCACAAUAAAACAGAUUUGCCUCGGAAAAACGGCUGUGUGGCAAUCAUCACUGGUGGCUCUCGGGGUAUCGGAGAGGUUGUUGUGAAAAUGUUCUUACAAUGUGAUAUUGACGUCAUUAUUGCUUGCCGGAGGAUCGAGGCAGGGGAGAAAGCAAUUGAGAAUAUUCGGAAAUCUGGCACAACGACAGGGAAAGCCGCUGUCUAUCGUCUCGACAACUCGAGUUUAGCUUCGGUCAGAGAAUUUGCUGAAGAAAUUAAGAGGGAUUACAGUAAAGUUGAUAUUCUUGUCAAUAAUGCUGGAGUAAUGUUUCCACCUUAUCAAGAAACAGUGGAUGGAUUUGAACAACAGUGGGCUGUCAAUUAUUUGUCCCAUUUUUUGCUUACUGCGCUGCUGAUGCCACUACUUCGCAAUGCUGGAUCGUCAGAAAAUUCAGCGAGGGUGGUUAAUGUCUCUUCCUGCGCUCACGGGCUUGGAGAAAUUAAUUUCAACGACAUCAACUACAAAGCUCCCUACUUCGCCAAUGCGGCCUACGCUCAAAGCAAAUUAGCUCAAAUCCUAUUUACCAAAUCUCUGGAUCAAAUUUCUCGAGAAAAAAAACUCCCAAUUCGUGCUUAUGCGGUUCACCCAGGAAUCGUUGAUACAGAAUUAUUUGAAAAUAGUUUCAUCGACAAACUCACGUGGAUCAGAGCAUUAUUCUUCAAGACCCCUCGACAAGGUGCCACGACAAUAGUCUACGCAGCUGUGAACAAGGGACUCGAAGAUCGUGGGGGUGUGUACCUGAGUAAUUGUCUAGAAGUUGCUGCAAGUCCACUAGCGGAGGACAAAUCCGUCCAGGAAAAACUCAUGGCUCUGAGCCUCGAGCAAACUCACCUGACAAACUUCCUGCAGUAUUUAUAAAACAGCAUUCGUAAAAUAAUACUGAAUAACUCCAAUAAUCCCUUUUCUAAUUUAUACAAUUUAUUAUACAAUGAUUCCAUCCAUAAUUCAACAGUAUAAAACCAAUGGAAUACUUAUAAACAGAAUCAAAAACAUUCGUACUGACAUACUCAAGGUUUCGUGUACACUUGUCGUCCAACUCGAUACGCAGCUGUGGAUUUUAUCCGAGCACCUCGAAGGGAUACUGAGUUACUGAGUAGGGCAGGUGUUCGUUGAUAAAUUCCUCUUCCUUCUGGUGUCCCCGCCCUCAACGUCACGUCUUCGUCACGAUUCGGUGUGAUAGAAAUCCAGCCUAUGAACAAUUAAAUAGAACUGAAUGUAUCAUUGGGAAAAACAAGAGGACUUCCCACGAUUUUGUAAUACUCUGGUUGUUAUAUUUUUGAAAAAUUUGUAAUUUCAGUCAUCAAGACUAUUAAUAUCUACUCCUACUCUUAAAACUGAUCAGAAGUCCUGAAAUUGCAGAACAGAAAUCAGGUUUUCUUUAACAAUCUAACAUCAAUAUUUAGAAAGUUUUGGAAUUCACAAACUUGACUUAAGUUUGAAAGAUGUUCAUUUGAAAAUUUCAAAUAUAACAUUUCAUUACAGCAAAAGCACAGAAGCAGUCAAUCCUAACAAAACGAAUUCAUUUUGAAAACAGUAUCUUUGGGGAAGAAUGUCGAACUUUUGUAGCUGAAUCUUUGAUGAUACAAAUCCAGCCUAUCGAUAAUUAAAUAAAACUAAAUUUUCCAAUACAAUUGAA